CUCCUAUUGUAUAUAUAAUUAUGAUAUAACGCUGAUAUAUGUAUUUACAUAUUGAACUUGCGAGUAUCUGGCAGUUUUUGUGACUUCGCAGUUAUGUGCUGUGUAGUGAGAAAAUUUUAAUUUUCGCGAGUGCUAGUCUAGGCGCCAGAAUGUCUGAUGAACUUGAAGCCAGAAUGUGGGAUGAUGGAGGCUCCAGGUACGAGUCUAGGAGUCGGGGCGCGUAUUUCGAGUCAGCUUUUGCAUCUUCAGAACAUUUAGACAGAGCUCCUUUGUUAUCUGAGGAGACGUACACGGACGUGCCAGUGUCUCCGGCACCUGAGGCCGAGCAUUGCCAUUGGAAGCCGCAAGCGGAGCCUCCCAGCGCGAUACCUCAACUGCUGAUCGCUCUAGUCCUCUGUGGAUUCUUUAUGAUAUGCGAACUUAUUGGUGGGUACUUAGCCGGUAGUCUGUCGGUGAUGUGUGAUGCUGCACACAUGCUCAGUGAUUGCGGCGGGUUUGCACUUGCCCUCCUCGCGUUCCACUGCGCCAAACGACCGCCGGAUGUACACAUGUCUUAUGGAUACAAGCGUGCAGAGGUGCUGGGCGCGAUGGUGUCCGUUCUUCUAAUCUGGAUCCUGACGGGCGUGUUCGUGUACGUGGCUGCAGUGCGGCUACACACAGACGAGUACAGUAUCGAGCCCAACAUCAUGAUGAUCGUAUCGGGCUGCGGCGUCGUGUUCAACGUUAUACUAGCGCUCGUGUUACACGGCUGUGCCUCCGAUAUAGCUCACCAUCACACGCACGGUGGGGCAGCGUGUCCGCACACGCACGCACACACGCACGACACGGACGCGCCGCGCGUCGGGUUCCGUCUGUUUAGGAGAUCGCGCGAACAUAAACAGACAAACGGUGCUCUAGUGAAUGGAGAUUAUGGUAUGAAGGAUCUGUCCAGUGCGGAGGCUAAUGUCGGAUCUAGAGCCAGGAACAUCAACCUACGUGCUGCACUCAUCCACGUAAUAGGAGAUUUGAUACAAAGCUGUGGAGUACUGCUAGCUUCUGUGGUCAUCAAGUUUUAUCCGGCGGCGAAGGUGGUGGACCCGGUGUGCACGUUCGUGUUCAGCGUGGUGGUGCUGAUGACGUCGGCGCGCGUGGUGCGGGACGCGCUCCGCAUGCUGAUGCAGGGCGUGCCGCCCGCGCUGCGCUACCGGGACUGCGUCGCCGCCCUCGCCGCGCUGCCCGGCGUCAGGCACGUGCACUCGCUGCACGCCUGGCAGCUCUCCACGCACCACCUCGUGCUCACCGCGCACGUGGCGCUCGAUGAUCUGGCGGAUCCUGAGACGGUGCUCCGCGCGUGCCAGCGACUGGCGCGGGUGGAGUUCGCGGUACAGUCGGCGACAUUCCAGCUGGAGCGGUACUCGGCCGCCAUGUCCUCGUGCCACACGUGUCUCCAGCAGCCGGCCCUCGUGCCCUGACACCUUCACACGCUCUCGCACUAGCUGCCGCUCCGUACAAGGGUGUGAUAAGCUACAAAGGAGAUAUACGGGUCUGACAGAUACACAUUAGUCUGCAACUGCUGUCACAG